AUGGUGAUUCUGGAUGAUGGAGGCAUCAUAUGUGGCUUCAGCCUAGUGGGGGCUUGGCCCUCUUCUGAGAUUGCCAGCUUUGUGUAUGUGGACCAGUGCUAUGUGCUGUCUCUGGUCUGCUCAAACUACUCCCAGGCUUGGUGUUCAAUCACAAAUGUAUCACAGCUGCUGGCUUCAGCAUUCUACAAGAGCCCGAAUGCCAGCAUAACCAACCUGAGCAUUUCUGCUAGUAUCAAAAACAAAUACAGCCUGUAUGUAGGCCUGGUACUGGCAUUAUGUUCUGGCAUUUUUAUUGGCUCCAGCUUUAUACUGAAAAAGAAAGGCCUCUUGAAGUUGGCCAACAAAGGUUUUACCCGAGCAGGACAAGGGGGGCAUUCAUAUCUCAAGGAAUGGCUCUGGUGGGCAGGGCUAUUGUCAAUGGGAGUAGGAGAAGCUGCAAAUUUUGCUGCUUAUACUUUUGCACCUGCCACCUUGAUCUCCCCUCUAGGUGCUCUAAGUGUUCUCGUAAGUGCAAUAUUGUCUUCCUAUUUUUUAAGUGAGCACUUGAACAUUCAUGGGAAAAUAGGCUGUAUAUUAAGUAUAUUGGGCUCAACUGUGAUGGUCAUCCAUGCCCCACAAGAAGAGGAAGUUGCUUCUUUACAUGAACUGGAAAUGAAAUUGAGAGACCCAGGUUUUAUUUCCUUUGCUGUCAUUGUAAUUGUGAUCUGCUUGGUGCUGAUUUUGAUUGUGGCUCCCAAGAAAGGACAGAGCAAUAUAUUAGUCUACAUUUCAAUCUGUUCAUUGAUUGGGGCAUUUUCAGUAUCCUCUGUCAAAGGCCUGGGAAUUGCUAUCAAGGAACUAUUGGAAUGGAAGCCAGUUUACAAGCAUCCCCUCAUCUUUGUUUUAUUAGCCGUGCUUGUGCUUUCAGUGGCAACACAGAUUAACUAUCUCAACAAAGCUCUGGACACCUUUAAUAUAUCUCUGGUGACUCCUAUUUAUUAUGUGUUCUUCACUUCCAUGGUAAUGACUUGCUCUGCCAUCUUAUUCCAGGAAUGGUAUGGCAUGAAAGCUGGAGAUAUCAUUGGGACCUUGAGUGGGUUCUUCACCAUUAUCAAUGGCAUCUUUCUUUUACAUGCUUUUAAAAACACAGACAUUACCUGGAGUGAGCUGACAUCCACUAAGAAAGAAGUUUUCUCUCCGAAUGGCAAUGAAGAUAAAUAUGUCUUACUAGAGAAUAUAGAAAAUUCAACCCAAGAAUAUGAGGAUGAUGUCACCUUGUUUACCAGAACUAGUAACCAAAGACUUUAAGAACCCUGGAUUGUAACCAAUUUGAGACAAUGGAAAAGUGGUAUAUCUGAUUCUUGGAGACAUUGUUAGAAACAUUAUAAUUUUUAAAGCUUUUUUCU